ACGGCUCCCCGCCUACUCCUUGCUUUUGUGGCCUAGUCCAUAUAUUGCCGGGACAGCCUUUCCUCGACACCCAUCCCGUUUCCUACCGCCCGCCGCGGCGCCGCCUUGGGGCCGAUCUCCGUCACCGCGACCAGUAGUGCCGUCGUCCUGCUACUUCCGCGGCUUACUCUCGCCUGACUCAUUGCGCGCCCAAGUCGUUCUCCCCGCCCCCUCGGUCUCGACUCCCGGAGGUCUUCCCGCGGGUUCGCCCGCUGCCGCCUGCGCCCAUCUCCACCCCGCGAGCAGCGGUGCCGUCGUCGUGUUGCUUCCGCCUCCGCUAGGUCCGUCCCUCACCGAAGCAAUGGGACGCCCGGAGCCUGCGGUUUUGUUUGCGCAGACGAUCCUCCACUCCCAGCUGGAUGAGUAUGUAGACGAGGUGUUGUUUUCUGAACCUGUUGUGAUCACUGCUUGCGAGUUUCUUGAGCAGAACGCCUCUCCUUCUACACCAAACAUAUCUCUCGUAGGUGCUACAUCCCCACCUUCAUUUGCUUUGGAAGUCUUUGUUCACUGCGACGGGGAGUCCCGAUUUAGGCGCCUUUGCCAGCCUUUCUUGUAUUCACAUUCUUCAUCCAACGUGCUAGAAGUUGAGGCUAUUGUUACAAAUCAUUUAGUGCUUCGUGGAACUUAUCGUAGCCUUACUCUUGUAAUUUAUGGGAAUACUGCUGAAGACCUUGGUCAAUUCAACAUAGAACUAGAUCUGGAUCAUUCUCUUGCGAAUGUGGUUAGUUCUCCAUCAGAGGGAAAGCUUGAGGACUUGCCACCAGCACUACAUUCAUCCAAAUUUACAAUUGAAGAAUCAUUAUCUUCACUAAAGCCAUUGAGUUCGCAAGCUACAAAAUUGGAUUUAUCUAUUGAAGUGAAGAAAAUUCUACAUUUAACUCUUACAAUGUAUCAGAUACCAAAUGUGGAAAAUCUUAUUCCUAACCUAGGAAGUGAAGUUAUCUCAGCUGUUUUGAAAUAUGUUUCUGCUAGCACUAACUGCAUGUCACACAAUUGGAAUCAAGACUUGGCAAAUUGCUUUGCCAAGGAUAAUGUCGAUUCUCAGGGAACUAGUGGCAGUCUUCUAAUGGAAGCUAGCAAUGAGCUCUUUGACAUUUGGAAAAAUGUCAAUUUUAUUGUAGACACUAGUGCAUUUGAUUAUAAUGGCCUUGCCUUCAGAUUAGAAGAGUUGCCUACGACUAAGGACAUAUUUGCUUUGUUUGAUAAUCAUUUCCCAUAUUACAGGAACUGUUCAUUACUUGAUCUAGAGAACCCUUUUCAGAGUAAGCUACUAGUUUUCUCUUUGAGUUUGGUUGUCCUACUGUGUUCCUCAAAAGAGAGCUGCUUUUAUUUUGUUGAUGCUGGUGGGAUGGACCAAAUCAUUAACCUGCUUUGUUGGAAGACCCCAUUAUGUCCAGCUACUACACUGCUUCUCUUAGGUAUUGUUGAACAUGCUACUCGGCAUGUUGUUGGAUGUGAAGCUUUCUUGGGAUGGUGGCCACGAAGUGAUAACAACAAUAUACCUGUUGGCAGCAGUGUUGGCUACUGCUCUUUAUUGAAGCUUCUACUGGAAAAGGAAAGACAUGAUAUUGCCUGUCUUGCUACAUAUGUUCUACAUCGCUUGCGUUUUUAUGAGAUACUAUCAAGAUAUGAGUCUGCAGUGGUAACCAUUGUGUCAAACCUACCUUCUGAAGAACUUUCUACUGAUGGAGUUAAAUUUCUUAGUUCUGCAAGUAUUGAACUAGCUGAACUGCUGAAAGUGAUAAACAUGUGUGGUCCUAUUGAAGAUCCUUCACCAGUCGUUACUACUAGAAGAAUAUGUAAAUUUGGUGAUUUGGAAGGUCUAUUGUCAUACAACUCAACAGUUGGUCUUAUAACUUGUUCGAAAUACAGUUUCCUGCAGUUUGAUGCUGAUCCAUACAUGUUAUCUCUUAUCCAGGAAAGGGGAUUUUUCCCUCUGUCAGCAGCCUUGUUAUCAUCACCAGUACUGCGGUUAGCUAGUGGACCUGCCGCUGAAAUUUUGAUGGAGAUAGCAUCAUCAAUUGAAACCAUCGUCCUCUCCCUUCUUUUUUGUCGUUCAGGGUUAUCUUUCUUGCUUGGUCAGCCUGAAGCAACUGAGCUUAUACUUUUGUCCCUUCAAGAUGGUGAAGAUAUGAGUAAAACAGAAUGCAUGACUCUAAGGCAGGCUUUUAAUCUUCUGUCAAAAGGAUUCUUCUGCCGCCCGCAGGAAGUUGCAAUGAUCACAGAGCUACACCUUAAAGUGGGAAGUUCUGCCAAUAGGCUACUUGCUGUUCCUCCAAAUUCUGAUGAGCUUUUGUGGGUUCUUUGGGAACUUUGUGCUAUUUCGAGGUCUGAUUCAGGUCGCCAAGCUUUACUAACUCUUGGAUUCUUCCCUGAGGCAGUAUCAGUUCUGUUGAGUUCUCUCUCUUCUUACAAUGACCUUGAUUCAAUCAUGACUAAAAAUGGAGGGUCUCCUUUGGGCCAUGCCAUCUUCCAUUCGGCUGCGGAAAUUCUUGAAGUUCUGGUUGCAGAUUCAACUGCUUCAUCACUUAAAUCAUGGAUUGGAUUUGCUAUCGAUCUCCACAAGGCCUUGCAUUCAUCUUCUCCUGGAUCAAACAGGAAAGAUGCUCCAACAAGGUUACUGGAAUGGAUUGAUGCUGGUGUUGUGUACAAGAGAAAUGGUGCUGUUGGGCUUCUCCGUUACUCCGCUAUUCUAGCUGCUGGUGGAGAUGCUCAUCUUUCGUCAGGAAAUGUGCUUGUGUCAGAUUCAAUGGACGUUGAGAAUGUAAUUGCAGAUUCAAAUAAUACUGCAGAUGCUCAAGUCAUUGAUAAUCUUCUGGGUAAGCUUGUUGCAGAUAAAUACUUUGAUGGAGUUGCUUUGUGCAGCACAUCUGUUGUUCAAUUAACAACAGCUCUCCGCAUUUUGGCGUUCAUUUCGGAAGAUAAGGCUGUAGCUUCAUCCCUUUUUGAAGAAGGCGCAAUCAAUGUUUUAUAUGUAGUCCUGAUGAACGGCAAGUCUAUGCUUGAACGCUUGUCCAACAGUUAUGAUUACCUUGUGGAUGAAGGCGCUGAACUCAGUUCUACCACGGAAUUGCUUCUAGACCGAACUCAUGAACAAACCAUUGUUGAUCUCAUGAUUCCCUCACUUGUCUUGCUGAUAAAUCUUCUUCACAUAUUAAAUGAAACAAAGGAACAGUAUCGCAACAAAAAGCUUCUUACUGCUCUUCUGCAGUUACACAGAGAAGUCAGCCCAAGACUAGCAGCAUGUGCUGCAGACUUGUCCUUCAUGUUUCCUACUUUUGCUGCCAGUUUUGGUGUUGUUUGCCAUCUUGUUACGUCAGCACUUGCUUGUUGGCCAUUGUAUAACUGGGCACCUGGUCUGUUUCAUUGCCUUCUUGAAAAUGUUGAGGCUACUAAUGCUGCAGUACCAUUAGGUCCAAAGGAUGCAUGUAGUCUCCUUUGCCUUCUGGGUGAUCUUUUCCCAGAUGAAGGCAUAUGGCUGUGGAAAGUGGAGGUUCCUUCUCUGAGUGCCAUUAGAUCUUUGAGUACUGGUACAGUCCUAGGUUGUCAAGUUGAAAAACAUGUGAACUGGUACCUUCACCCUGAGCAUGUAGCCAUACUACUAGUAAGAUUGAUGCCGCAACUAGAUCGACUCGCAUGUGUCAUCGACAAUUUUGCUACUUCGGCCCUUAUGGUGAUACAAGAUAUGCUUCGUAUCUUUAUUGUCCGUGUUGCCUCCAAAAAGAUGGAAUGCGCUGUUGUUCUUCUUCGUCCGAUCUUUAUUUGGUUAAACAACAAAGUUGAUGAAACUUCACUGUUGGAGGGAGAGAUCUUCAAGGUUCAUCAGUUGCUUCAAUUUAUUGCAAAACUGUCAGAACAUCCAAAUGGCAAGGUGUUGCUCCGGAAAAUGGGGGUCACAAGGAUUCUUAGAAAGUUCUUACAAGAUUGCAGUAAUAUGUGUCAUAUGGAGAAUAACAUGAUUUCUGAGAAAGGGGUCUACAGAAAUGAUCUCCUUAUGCUAAGAUGGAAGAUUCCUUUGUUGAGAUCUAUAGCAUCGGUGUUUAGUACCCCCCGGCCAUCCAGUAAGGAGCCGACUACUGUGGAAGAGGUUUGGAAUGAGAGUGCCUGUGUUGAAGACUGCUCUUCUAUCAUGUAUCACCUUUUGAUGUUAUGCCAGGUUCUGCCAGUUGGACGUGAUAUGUUUGCAUGUUCUCUGGCAUUCAAGGAGGUUGCUUCUUCCCAUUCCUGUAGCGAUGCAGUGGCUUCAAUAUUUUCACAAAUCCAAACUUCUAACAAAGACAAGCAGGAAAAAAGUGAGAGUGAUACAUGUUACGGUGCGCCAAAGGUGGAUAAUUGGUGUGGCUUUUCCCCUUUGUUGAAUUGCUGGAAGAGUCUCCUGCAAUAUAUUUGUGCUAUUCGUCCAACAGAUUAUUUGGUAGAAAUUGUUUAUGCAUUGACGUUAGGUGCUAUUGCCCUCAGCCAGUCUGGUGAAAAUCUUGAAGGUACCGUCAUAUUGAGGUAUCUAUUUGGGCACCCCUUUGAUCCUAGUUCAUCAGAGACCUCUGAUGACGUUACUAUUUUAUUGAAGACUUUUGAAGAGAGUAUAUGCCAGGGGUUUGACAAUUGGUUGCCUUAUGUUGGAAAACCUCUUUUGCAUCAGCAUUCACAGGUACGGAGUUCUGUCAGAUUGCUAUGUUCUAUUAUUGAGAAUUCUGGACCAUUCACAGCUUCAGCACGGAUGUCUCUUGAAGAAAGCGUGAUUCCAGUUGGGGUGUUUCACAAUAUUGUCAUGACGUCUCAUCUGAUGCCUUCGAUAGACUUUGUGUCAGUAAAUGAUGAUCCUGCUCUUUUAUUUUCCAAUGCCUGGAAGGCUUUUGGUGAUUCAGCAGAACCUUUUGGGUGUCAAGCAUCUGAAUUUGGAAAGAAGAUGAUAUGGGAGUUGCCUGAUUGUUCUCUUGAUAAACAGCUAAUGCCAGGCCAAUCUGCCAGGAGAAAACUUGCAUUAGGAGAUAGCGCAAGUAGACGUGUAAGGGACAAUCAAGCACAUGAACCUACUGGACAGUUCUCUCGAGGUUUAAAUACAACUAAUGCCUCUAUUGGUCAUACACGUAGAGACAAUUUCCGCCAGCGCAAACCAAACACAAGUAGACCACCUUCAAUGCAUGUUGAUGACUAUGUCGCGCGAGAGAGAAACAUAGAUGGUGCAAGUAGUGCAUCAAAUAUUGUAAGUUCUACUCCACGUGGAACACUUAGUGGAAGGCCUCCAUCCAUUCAUGUAGAUGAAUUUAUGGCAAGACAGAGGGAACGCCAAAAUCCUGUUACAGCACCAUCUGGUGAUGCAACUCAGGUAAGAAGUAAGGCAGCUUUGGAUGACAAUGCCUCUAUCAAUCUGGAGAAACCGAGGAAAGCAAAGGCUGAUCUUGAUGAUGAUCAAGAAAUCAAUAUAAUCUUUGAUGAGGAGUCAGGAUCAGAGGAUAAACUUCCUUUUCCUCAACCAGAUGACAGCCUGCAAUCACCACCUGUCAUUGUUGGGGAGAACUCUCCAGGUCCCGUAGUUGAUGAGAUAGAAAAUCAGCUGAAUGAAAGAAAUUUGUUUUCUGGCACCGUUGUAUCAGAAUGUGAUGAAGCUUGUGAAACUGGCAUAUCUUCACGGACAGCAAUUUGUCAUGAAGCUAACAUCCCUUCUGGGCGAAAGUUUUCAGUUUCUAGCCCAGAGAAGAUUGUGUUCCAUGAUCGUGCCGACGAAUCUCCAUUUAUCUCUCCUGUUACUGGAUCGAAGGUUACACCUGGUCAUAGGACACAUGCUGCACAAGCAACACUUCAACAAUUACCUCCUAGUGUGUAUCGGAAAAGAAGUCCAGAGAAUCUGACUGAGAGCUCUGUGUCAUCUGGAUCUCAUGGACAUGAUCGUACACUUCCCAGCAACCAGCCUCCUUUGCCACCGAUGCCCCCACCAGUUUCUUCUGCAUCUCUACAAAAUCCUGAUUCAAUUCAAAGGCAAUCAUCUUACAUUUCUAGAGAUGGGCCACCACAUUUUCCUCCUAGUUAUCCGAUGCAGUCUUUUGAUGCUAGUAUGCAUUCAUUUGUGGGGCAUCAGGUUCAUACUGAUAAUGUCCUACCAUGCACCAGUGAUUUGUCAUCAAACACAUUGCCUAGUGUUGAUGCCAAGUUCUUGUGGAACGCACUUCCAGUAAAUAGGAUCCCUAUGGAGCACCUCAGCCCUGGUUCAUCUACUCGGCCAGUAUCACCCCUUCCUCUACGGCCAGUUUCAGCAACCCAACAUACUGCAAUGAGCUCUGGGCCUCCUGGAGCACUGUAUAAUCAAGUGUCUGGUGUUCUCCAGUCUUCUCCGCCUGCAUCCCUUAUUAGUGAUGCAACUUUAGGGACAAAUCCUGCAUCUCUUGGUGCACUUUCUUCAAAUUCCUUACCAUCGCUUGCAUCACAAUUUUUAAUUGGUAGACCUUCAACUCCUACAUUUUUUGGCACCCCUCUUCAAAUCCAACUCUCAUCUGGCCUUGCACAGAAUGUUUCUAAUCCCCAGGCUUCCAUUUCCUCAAUGCAAUCACGACCACCUCCACCACCACCACAGCAACCACAUCCAUCUCAAACAUUCCAACAGCAUGGUUCUCUUCAACUACCACACCAAGAGCAGCCAAUGCCAUAUCCACUAAAUACUAUUCAGGCUCAGGUGCCAUUGCAGUUUCCGAACCAGCUUCAUGUUCCACAACUGCAAUUAUUCCAUCAGAUUCAGCAGGAGUCUGUCUUGCAACCGACCGGACACGUGUCCGAACAAUCGCUACCUCUGAACCAGAGUGCACAACAGCAGACAGACUCUGGGAUGAAUUUAAACCAUUUUUUUUCAUCUCCAGAAGCUAUUCAGAAUCUGUUGAGUGAUCGGGACAAACUCUGCCAACUUUUGGAGCAGAAUCCAAAACUCAUGCAGAUGCUUCAGGAUCGUAUUGGCCAGCUAUGAGAGGGUUCGGUGCGAUUUGACUCUUAAAUACGUCUGACCGUCUUAUCUUUUUGUUUGUUUUCACUUAUGAGCUGUGUAGCAAAUAUUAUUGUGUCAACAUUUAUCGUUGCUGAGCCUUGGCAAUAGGUAGGUUGGUGUGGUCCUCCUGUCAGUUUUUGACCGAUAUUACAUUGGUUGAUAAGUUCAUCCAAACAUAGGCGUGUACCGAAAAUGUUGAUGCUAAUAUAGCUUCUGAUGUAGUUGCUAAAUACAGUGUCCGUAUUUUGUGCUUGUAUGCUAUUUGUUCUGAAUACUAUAAUUGACUAAUACACCCUCCAGUCAUAAAUAUUUAUAUUUGAAAAUUUAAA